CUGUUAGACAAUUGGAUUAGAACAACGAGACCUUUCAAAGGAACCGCAAGUCCAACGACUCCUCCUCCGUCACGCCACCCUCCCAUCACUGACCUUGUCCUACGAGUACCAUUUGUCUCUAAACGCUGUGGCUGACGAACAAACCAUUUCUACUGUAGCUUUACCUUAUCAUCAGCAAUGAACAAGUCAUCCUCAAACAAAUGCAGUUACAAAUAUGAGGAUUAUAGAGAAACAGCUGAUUGGUUGCUGUCCCACACUGAGCAGAGGCCUAAAGUAGCCAUCAUCUGUGGCUCUGGCCUGGGCGGCCUGGCUGACCUGCUGGACAACAAGACUGUGUUUCCCUACAAGGACAUCCCAUGCUUCCCCAACAGCACAGUACAAGGACAUGCCAGUCAGCUGGUCUUUGGGGAGCUGCAGGGGAAGCAGUGUGUCUGCAUGCAGGGCCGCUUCCACUUCUACGAAGGCUACAACAUUGACACAGUGACAUACCCGGUGCGAGUGUUCUUCCUGCUCGGGGUGGAGACCCUGAUUGUCACUAAUGCUGCUGGGGGGCUGAACCCCAACUUUAAAGUCGGUGACAUCAUGCUGAUCAAGGAUCACAUCAACAUGCCAGGCUUUGCAGGCCAGAACCCACUGUGUGGUCACAACGAUGAAAGGUUUGGAGUCCGUUUUCCCUGCAUGUCGGACGCCUAUGACAAAGACCUUUCUAUACUGGCCAAAGAGACUGCUGAGGAGCAGGGCUGUUCUUCCUUCAUCCAGCAAGGCGUGUACUGCAUGGUGGCAGGUCCCAACUUUGAGACCAUCGCAGAGUGCAGAGCUCUCCAGAAACUAGGCGCAGAUGCUGUGGGUAUGAGUACAGUCCCUGAGGUGGUGGUGGCUCGUCACUGUGGUCUUCGUGUCUUUGGCCUGUCUCUCAUCACCAACAAGGUGGUCACAGACUACGACAGCCAGGAGAAGGCCAACCAUGAGGAGGUACUGGAUACCACAAGAAUGCGCACUCAGGACCUACAGAGGCUGAUCAGUAACCUGCUGGCUAAUAUGUAGAUCAGCCCCAGUCUGUCUGUGUUAACUGCCCAGGAACAUAGCUACUGUAAGGUGAUUAUAUACAGAAAGCACAGAUGCAUAUAUUCUAGAG